AUAUAUAUAUUAUAAAUAAUAAUGUCACAAGCCGUUGCCGCUGGUGCUGCAGCACCCCGCAAGGAGGUAACCGGACUGCAUCGCAUGACCCAGCAAGGAUUACGCGAACUGUGCAAAAAGGAUAAACUAUAUCAGACGCCACGCCUUAACGAUGUGCUCUACUUGCACUAUCAGGGCUAUCAGUAUAUCGAGUGUCUGGAUGAGUAUACGGAACUCAAGUGUCUGUGGCUCGAGUGCAAUGCCAUCUCGGAAAUCGAGGGUCUGGAGAAGCAGAGCAAGCUGCGCUGUCUCUUUUUGCAAAACAAUCUGAUUAGACGCAUCGAGAACUUGGGCACAUGCCCACUGCUGGAUACGCUGAAUCUUAGCUCAAACCACAUACGCUUGAUUGAGAACAUUGGCACGGAUGUACUGCCCGUCUUGAAUACCCUUAAUAUAUCGUCCAACUACUUGAAGGACAGCGAGAGUCUUGCUCAUCUGGUGGACUGCAAGACUCUGGCCGUGCUGGACUUGUCCAAUAAUCGCAUCGAUGACAUUUUGGUGGUUAAAAUCUUCGAGAAGAUGCCCUGCUUGAAGGUUUUAGUGCUACACGGAAAUCCUGUCGUCUCACGUAUACCACAAUAUCGCAAGACUUUGAUUCUCGCCUGUAAAGAGCUAACCUACUUGGACAGUCGUCCUGUUUUUCCACGUGAUCGUGCCUGUGCUGAGGCUUGGAAACGCGAGGGCUACGAAGGUGAGCGAAAGGAAAAUAGGCGCUGGAAUCGCGCCGAUCGUAAGAAAAUGCGUGACAGUGUGAACUACACCAUACAGCUGCGCAAUCGCCAUCGGCCAGCGGAUCAGCAAGAUGCAUUGAUUAGCUCAACUGAUUCGGAAGCAGAAGCGGAAACCGAUAAGGGCGCCGAAAGGACACGUGUCAAAGCGGAUCUAGAAUACGGUUGUGUGGAUGACAUAUGGAGUGAAGUGUCUGGCGAUAAUAAGCAAGAAAAUGAAAGCACGGACAGUUCAGGUGCAGCCAAUGAGGCUGCUGGCUCCCAAGAUGAUGAACUAGCCGAGGAGCUUAGCAACCCUCGAGCAAAGCCUUUACCCGGUCGUCCGAAGGUGCUAUAUGAAACCCAAUUUGCUGAUAAUGAAGAAGACACACAAAAAGAAACCAAUAAGGAGCAGGCAGAGGAGGUACGUUCUGAGAAUACAAAUAUUAAAGAUGUGACUCAAAAGGAAGUCAAUGAUGUGGAUGUGAAAGCUGAGGAACAGAGUGUAAAACGUUUGCUUAUAGAGGAAGUUAAGUUAGAACCACUUGAUGUGGAAUGCAAGACAGCUGAACUGGAGAAUGAGGAGGUUGAUGGGGCUGAUAAGGCUCACAAGGCUGUCAAGGAUGAUGAGGCUAAAGUGGAGGCACCUACAGAAGAAAAGGCCAUAAAGUCAGAAGUUAGAGAAGUGAAAGAUGAACUGGAAAAUGGAUUAGCUGAAGUAGAGCUCAAGGAAACACCAGGUCUUGUAACUGAUGAAGUGGAGCCAAAGCAAAUGCCAGCAGUCAUAGCUGAGCCAGAGAGCGGGUCAGAGCUGGAUCCAACUGCCAGAGCAGAUCUAGAUAAAUCAUACCAGACAUUAAAAGCUAUAGCUUCGAAUGAAGGUGGAGAACCAACGCCUGAGCAGAUCAAACAGCAAGCCAUAGACCGAAUGUAUGAAUCGUAUGGAGACGAGAUAUCUGUCGAGCAACCCGAGUUCAACAAGGCAAUGCUAGAGCCCGAAGAACACCAACAGCCUAAGGCUGCAAACAAAGAGUCAACAGCAAAUACUGCAACAAACAACAUAAUAAAGACUAAAGAGCAAUUGGAAUAUGAAGCGGAGUGCCUAGAGGCGAACGAGAUAGUGGAAUAUAAUAUGCAAGAGCUGAGCAGUCAAAUGGAUGAGGACCUGAAGGAGUUGAGUCAACCUUUGGAGGAAAUACGAGCUACGCCGGACGAAUCGCAAAAGGAUGGCAACAACAGCUCCGAUGAGGAGAAGGAGCAGGAUAAAAGGAAAUGCAUUGAGCUGACAACCGUGACGCAUUCUCUGCGCAUCAUCGAGGAGUUCAGUGUGCGACGAGAGCGCAUGUGCGCCCAAGAGGAACAGCAACAGAAAGUUCAGAUUGAGGAGAUCCAAACGGAGAAGGAUAAGGAAGACGAGUUGGAUGCGGCGUUUGCCAAGGCUCUGGACUCUUGCACAGAUGAUGUGCCCAUGCGAGUCUUUGGCGAGGGCUGCGAUCAGCCCAGCCACGAGUGGCACAAGGAAGAAUGUAUGCGUCAAUUGACCAUAACAGAAGCUCGCACAGAGCAGCAAGACGAUGACGAGCUGUUCAAGGUGAGACCAUUGAAUGCAAGUACUUGCGCCGAGCAAGCGGAAUUAAUUUGCGAGGAAAUGAGUCGAAAACUGGAGGACGAAGAGAAUUCGCUGCGGGAUCUACUGCAGCAGCUGGAGGAUGAGACAGAUGUCCUGUACGACAUCACGAGUGCCGCAGACGACGAGGAGCUCGAUAAGUUGCCAGAGCCACCAGUCGAUGAGGUAUGCGCGGCGCUCAUCCAUGACCUAAUCGACGAGCUGCAGUAUCAGGAAAUAAUCAAUGGCCAGAACAUUAAAUGCUUUGAUUUCGGAGUCAUUGAAUCGGAUGAAGAAUACAGCUAUUCAGCGGAUCCCAAGACUCAAUCGAUAGUGCCACCCGAUCUGGAGGAUCCAGCCGGCGGCAAAUCGCUGCGCGAGUGUCUCGAUGCCUUUGGCACUUUUCUUACUUCUGUCAAAGAGCGCAAGAAGGAAAGAAAGUUGGAUAAAAAGGAGACGAGUAGUUCGGAGAAGGUGAACGCAGCCAAGGCGCUGCUGAAGUCCAAAAUGAUGAAUCCCUACAUGGACGAAAGUCCCCGGGAGGUCGAGGCACAGCUGGCCAAGCAGGAGGAGAAGCGAAAACGUCGCGUUGCGGCCAUGGCAGACCGUUGUUUCUCCAAGCGAGACAGUUACGAAGACACACUCGAAGUUGUGAACAAUAAGCUGAUGAUUGUGAAGAAGGAUACAGGCGAGGUCGAGGAUCUGCCGCCGCCGCCAGCUCUGAUCAGUGAUACGGAGAGUGAGUCGGACAUUGAGUCGUCCGAUGCCGAGCCCGAUGACUACGAGACGGCCGAAGAGCUUACUGAGAAUAAAGCAGAAAGCCAAAAGGAUAGAAAUUUACGCGCUAACUGGCCAAAAGCCGACCCCGCUGAAUUGGAGCUAAGCAAGGCAUCGUUAUCCCUCAAUGAUGGCGAUAGUGUGGAGGAUCAGUCAAUCGAUCAGUUCUAUUCGCUGGAAGCGAGAGCUGCCUUUAAUUCGCUAGACUCGGAGUUCCUGGACAAAUUGGAUCUGCAAAAGGUAAUCGGCGUCGAUGGCGAAAUAACUGUGGAGGGCAUGCGCAGCUACGACGAACUGACAGCCGAUGAUGCAGCACAGAAAGCUGAAAAUCCUGGCGCAUUGGUUAAACAAGAUGAAAUGCUGAAGGACCUAAUCGAACGCCAGCAUCUGCAGGAAGAACGCGAACGUCAGAUGGAAGAGUUAUCCAAGGAUUUAGGAGCACAUAAAUUGAAAUGUAAAUCGAUAACAGAUCAACUUGAAAGAGAACUCGAAGACGCGAAGGCUUCGACAAAUUUGCUACAAAUGUUAAACAACUUGGAGUGUCCUAAAGAGGAGGAGUUGGGAGAGAAGAAAGCGACGGGAAAUUUCCUAAAGAUGUUAAAAUGGGGUAGUCCAAAAGAGAAGGAGUUAGAAGAGGAUACCAUUGAGGAGCAAGAGCAGCAAGAGCAUCGAGAUGAUGAGUUGGACAAUGUCCAGGAGUAUCCUACCAUACAAUUAACGCUAGGUGCGUGUAAAUUAUGCGAAAUAAAGAGCCAAGUUCCGAAUACAAAGGAUGAGGAGGAAGAAGCAGCUGAGAAGGCUAAGGCAGCAGCAGCAGAGGAAAGCAAACUUAAGUUAGAGGAAAUAACAGCGAACAGCGAGCAAGUGGAUGAGAAAGCCGAGGAGCAAUCGAGCAAGGAAAUGGGUGAAAAGUCGGUAGGGAAACCCAUACCCAAUGUGAAUGGCAAUAUAGAUGAUGACAUUAUAUCGGAUGCAUCCACGGACUAUGAAUCAGGCGAGGAUAUAGCCGUGGUGGAGCCACCGCGACUGCCCGAGGGUGCGCUCACUGAAUUGUUUAGCAAUCAGUUCGACGAGGAUGGCUUAAAGCUGGAGCGUGAAAAUGAAGAAGCCCUGCGAAAACAACUAUUCAGCUUGCCCCUGAGAGCUUGGGCAAGUCAGAAUUCCAUAGAUAAAGUCGCAAAUGUGGCAAAGGAAAAACAAGAUUCCGAAUCAGCAGCGACCACUGAUGUGGAUGAUGAGAGCUGUGAGGUGGAAUCAAAUAAGGAGUCGAACAAACCAGCAAACGAUGACGAUGAUGACUUGGAUUCGGGUGGCGCCAUAGACGAACUGGCGCGCAAUGCCAAGCGUCAAUGGGCGAAAAUAUCACAGAAAUUGAGUGAGUUCAUCGAGGCCGACGAUCUGAAGCUAUUGGAGAAGAGUCAGUUCAAUGAGGAGGACAGCGAUGGCGACGAGCAGGAAGAUGAACUGGAGGAGAGUCUGAAAAAAAUGAAUAUUAUUUACGAAGAGUGCGAGACACAGAUUAAGAGCGCUAGACCCGAAUAUAUGCAAGUCUGGCACGAUGAGGAAGAAGAAGCUAAUGCGCAAGAGAUUAAUCAGGCACCAGAUGAGGAAGGGGUUGAACUAGAAGAGACUAAAGAAGCGAACGAGCAAGAAGUUGAGCAACCACGGGCUGAAGAAGCUGAAGAACCCGGAAUUGACCUAGACAGGACUCUAGAAGCUAAUGAGCUGGAAGUAACUGAAAUAGACAAUGAGCAAGAAACGGAGCUAGAAAAGACUCUAGAAUCAAAUGAACAACAGCUUGAAGAAGAGGAAACUGAAGAGAUUAAAAAGCAAGAGCUUGAGCAAAGUGAGACUCUAGAGGCCAGAGAGCAAGACGAGCAAAUUGAUCAUACCGGACCCAAAGAGACUAAGCAGAGCACAAAUCAAGGGCCUCAGCCAACAGGCGAUGACCAGCCCUCGAAGCCUCCCAUAAUACUUGAUUACUUUGAAGAUAAUACAGAUACCGAAAGCUUCCAUACAAUACCCGAACUGAAGACCGAUGAAAUUGAAUGUAAUCUGGAAAUACUCAACGAUGAUGGUGAUGCUGUAGUCAAGGAGGUCUGCGUCAAUGCCCAGGUCACCUAUGAGUUGAAAAAUGUGUGUUGUUCGACUAAGGCACGUGUAGGAAACAUUGCGAACCCGAACCCAAUGAUAACAUUUCCCGAGGGAGAACUGUCCACAAGUAACACAAUCCGAAAACUAGUUUGAACCGCAUUAAAUAGCAAAAGGCAAAUGAAAA